AUGCAUCCAGACGAUCCAGUGGAGAAAUUUUUGGUUUGGAGCCGAAAGAAUGGAGUCAUUUUCGAUGGCCUCGAGAUACGAUCGAGCGAGACUUCUGGCAAUGGAAUAUUUGCAACCAGAUCGUUUCGUACAGAGGAGAAAUUUAUUCAGCUUCCGGAAGGUUUGAUGAUUACUGCUGGGAAAAUAGCUGACAUGGAGAAAUAUGCAGAUCUUCUUCGAGAGACGGGGUUCCUACCAACUCCAUUCGAGAUGCUUACAUUAUUUUUCUGCUUAGAAGAUGCUGAAUCGUCGUUUUAUGCCCCAUACUUGAAAGUUCUACCCAAGAGAAGUCAGGUUUUUGCUUUAGAAGUUUUGGAUUCCCCUCUUUCCAUCACCUCCGUUCCUAAGCUAAAGAAUUAUGUUGGAAAUAUGAUUGCGUUGUGCAAAUAUUAA